AUGAAUGAACCCAUCGACUGGUCAGUCUAUGCCCAAGAUGUUGACGAAGCCACAGAGGGAAUAUUCAAAGUUAUUCAGCUCAAGUAUAACUGGAGGGUCAUAUGUUUUGAUAGUUGGAAUGGAUUUGGAGCAUCCGCUGUUCUUGGAUCAGUAGCUGCAGUGCUUCCAUCUAGGAGAACCACUCUGGAACCUCUUGACAAAAUAAUCUUUGUAGAUUGCUCAAAGUGGAAAAAUAGAAGAGGAGUGCAGAGGGCAAUUGCAGAGGAACUACAACUUGAUCGCUCUGUAAUGGCUAUUCUAGAUGAGCAAGAUGAAGAUGAUGAUUUUUGGGGACAUGGUGAAAGCUCGAGGAUUGAGAUAUAUAGUGUUAGUCAAGUAAUUCAUCGGAUCCUGAGGAAUGUCAAAUUUAUAAUGAUUUUUCUUAAUGGGAGUGAUGACGAAGUUGACGUAGGUCUCAUGGGUAUUCCUCUAGGAAGGUAUUAUGAAAACAGCAUGAUGAUAUGGGCCUUCAGCAGAAGCCGCCUGAUGAUGCUUGACGACCAUUCCGAGGUAGCAAAAAAGCUAAGAUAUACUCAGGUUUUCUGUCAUUGCUCUAUCAAAGACAUGAGAAGCUCUCAGUUUCGUGGACUGCUACAUCAAGAAGCUGCUACCAUCGUUGCUCGCAACCCAUGUAUGAUGGACAUUGACCCAACAAUUGUUGCAGAUUGCUGUCUCUAUGAGUUAUUCCUGCACUAUAAUUUCCACACCUUCAGUAAACUUGGUUGGGUUUCUCAUGCUUCCAACUAUUGGAUAUGCAACGCAACCAUACAAGGGGACAGAGCAAGGGAUAUCAGUAAUGCAUUGCAUCGAGAGAUAAAUUGGAAGUGUGACACUUUUCUGCUUGACCAUGUUCUUAAAAUGUUCAUGAAACAUUCGGAGCCUCCUUUUUUGGUAAUUAAAGAUGAUGAUGUCUAUGAAGAAGGCCCAUACAAUUGGAUUUCGGUCACGUCAAGAGAUGCAGAAGUACAUGGUAUGAAGACAAUACCUGCAACGGCAUCAUCUUUCUUCUUGGCAUUUGAAAUAUCCAAACACCCACCAGCUUUACCAGAUGGAUUUUUUGAUCAUUGCAGCAAGCUCGGCGUGCUGGUUCUCUACUGUUGUUCCUUCAGUUUUGCUUCACCUUCUUUCCUGGAGUGUCGUGGCCUAAGAUUCCUUGGACUGGACCAUUGUACAGAUGACAAAACUAUUGGAGGAGAGAAUCAUGCAGUUUGGUUAAGUCUGUAUAGCUUGUGGGUGCUGGACCUGCGUUACACCGAUUGGAAUGAAAUCUUAUCCAAGGAAAUGUUAAAUCUCAUGAAAAAUAUCAGAGAGUUAAAUAUAGAGGGAGUCAGGGGCUGGCAAUACACUACUGAGCUACAAGGGCGAUUACCUAACCUCCAGAGGCUCAGAAUAAUGAAACCGACGUGUCAAUGGGAGACCACAGAGGAUGUCGAUAACUCCUUUACGGAUAAGAAAAGUAUAGAAAUACUUGACUUGUCUGGCAAUUGUGACAUGAAAAUUCUUCCACCAAGCCUAUCGAAGGCAACUAGCCUCCGGUUGCUUGUACUUGAUGGUUGUGAUGGACUAGAAAGCAUUGGUAGGCUCCCUCCCUCCCUUGAAUCAUUUAGCUUCAAUGGAUAUGGGCCAGCUUCUCAAUGGACAGAAACUGCUGAGCUACCUUCAAAACAAUUUCUUCCAUCCAGCAGAACAGAUAAUAAGGAUGUCAGAAUAUCCAAGAUCUCCUUAGCAGGCUGCACCCAGUUGGGGAAUUUGUACUUGUGUUGGCUACCCAACCUAGUGGAAUUGGACCUCUCUGGAACAUCAAUCAAGAUAUUUGACUUCAAGACUAUGGUGGUGCAAAUCCCAAGGCUCAAGCGGCUGUUUCUAAUAGGAUGCAAGCACCUUCGUGCAAUAACCUUUUUGCACGAGAGUGUUCCUGACCUGGAGUUGCUGUGUGUAGACACACGAGCUGGAAUCGUGUGUCCUCUUCGGCCAUCCAUCAGCAAAAACAAACCUUUCAGGUUGCAGGUGCAUGGUGUUGUUGUAGAUGCAAGGCUUACUCACUCCUUGUCGAAUCUGAUCUUUAAUUAUAUACAAGGUGAUGUGCACUUUAAUAUCCAUGUCACAUCCUCACCUAUGUAUGACGGGGUUAUUCAAUUUGAAGCAACCAGCAAGGAUAUGAUUGGCCCCAGUGAUCAAGAGAGCCUGCAACUUAUUCCAACAGGCCGGUACAGUGAUGUCCUUGGGAUGGUUGGCGUUGUCCCAGUGCAGGCCUUUCCACAGCCUCCGACUACAAAGUUUGAUCGACAUGUAGAGAUUGCUGAUGGGAGCUUCUAUGUGGAGAGAGAACUUGACGAAGCACUAGGCGAACUGAUGGAAAAGCGUGCAGAAUCCCUGCAUGUGCAUGAUGUCUUGGUACAUGCUAUUCUGCCUAAAUACAGAUCGUGGAUGAAGCUUAGGUGGUGCUGCGUGGAGAGGUGCCCAAAAGUGGAUACUGUCUUCCCUGGGAAUCCAUACAGAUUUACUGCAUUGGAGACCUUCUGGGUGUCAGAUGUCCUAAUGGCCCGCUCGAUUUUUAGUAAAGGUUCACGCUUUAACCGAUAUGGUGAGAUUGGAUCCUUCAAAAAUUUACAGCACCUUCAGCUGCGUUCAUGCCCCAGCCUCCAGUUUGUGCUCCCUCUCUGGGUCUCCUCCUUCCCCAGCUUGGAGACCCUCCACAUCAUCCACUGCGGCGACCUCAACCACAUCUUCAUACUGGACGAAGAGUACCCUGAAGAAAUAACUAGCCACGGUGUACUAUUCCCGAAGCUGACCGCCAUCCACAUGCACGACCUACCGAAGCUGCAGGAGAUAUGCGAGGUCAAGAUGGUGGCCCCAAUGCUUGAGAGCCUCAAGAUCAGGGGAUGCUGGAGCCUGCGCCGGCUGCCAUCCGUGGGUGCCCGUGGCCAAGGCGAGAAGAAGCCGACGGUCGAGAUCGAGAAGGACGUGUGCGACGCUCUAGAGUGGGAUGCCGGUCACCACCCUGACCACUUCGAGGCACCGGUCCACUCGCGCUACUACAAGGAGAAGCUGCCCAGGGUCUCAGUGCUCAGGUGA